AUGUCAUUUGCCACCAACACCGACCCAGAUGGGUUUUGGGAGUCGUUUGUCGAACCUACUCCUGUACAAGCUACCACUGCUGCAUCAGUACCAGCACAGUUUGGCAGCUAUUACACGGAGGAAGCCUUCUCCGUAGCAGAAGCAGCCGUCUAUUCAUAUCAAACCGCAGCCCACAUCCCAGAAUCAGUUCCAGUCAAGAUCCUACAUAAUGUUGCUCCUAAGCGGAUUGUCAUCUGCUGCGAUGGAACCUGGCAAUCAUCUACAACCGGAGAGAAGAACAUCCCUUCUAACGUCACUCGACUGGCCCGUUCUAUUUGCAGAACUGGCGAGGACGCAGAUGGCAAGGUAUUCCAACAGCUUGUGUAUUAUAGCUCGGGCAUCGGCACUGGAGACUUAAGCUUCCUGGAAAAGAAACGUCAAGGAGGCUUCGGCGCCGGUCUAUCUGGUGACGUUAUCGAGGCAUACAACUUCAUCGUCAACAACUAUGCUCCUGGAGACCAGAUAUUCUGCUUUGGGUUUUCCCGUGGGGCAUACACGGCUCGUUCUGUGGCUGGCCUCAUCACCGACAUUGGCAUCAUUCAGCCUCACGAGAUGCAAGAUUUCCCGGAGCUCUACGACCUCUACCGAAAGCACGAUGACAGCUACAACUUCCGUCAGUCCCCGAAGUAUCGUCAGUGGAUCACGGGAGUUCCCGCAAAGGAUGGCGAUUCUUGGAAAUACGAAUUCAGGAAUGCCCGUUGGGAUGUACUUCCGCACAAGAUGCCUUCAGAGAAGACCAGGAUCGUCGAGGUUGUUGGGGUCUUUGACACAGUGGGCAGCUUGGGAAUACCUGACAUCACUUAUACGCAGUGGGGGAAGCAACUACUCCGAAAACUUGCGCCUUUCUUGGGCGUUGACGACGGGGGAUUCCACAAUCCAUGCUUGAGCCCUUUCAUCAAACGUGCGUUCCAUACGAUGGCCAUCGAUGAGCACCGGAAACCAUUCUCUCCAACCCUCUGGCACCGCUCUCCACAGAACCAUAAUAAUCUCCGGAAACCCCAUGAGAGCAAAGUGAAGCUCAGGAACGGAUUCAUCACUAUCUUGGAAAACGGUGGUGAUGAGAAUGAGAAAUCGGAGGCAUGGGAAGACUUCAUAGCUCGUGCGGUGUACGAUGAGUUGCACGGGAGCAACUCAGACCUCGUCCAAGUAUGGUUCCCUGGUGUUCACAUCAACGUUGGCGGUGGCAAUUCAAACAUCCUGGCUGGUGAUGAAUCCGACUUCGAACAACUUGCUCUCAUAUCCUUCGCUUGGAUGUGCGACCAAAUCAAGCCAUAUCUUCAACUCGACGAUGAUGCAGUGUAUGAGACACUCUCUACCCUGGCAGAUCGUGAAGUUGAGCAGCGAAAGAGAAUGAUCCAAGACCUUAGACGUGGCAAAGAUUACGGAUCCAAUUGGGCUACGAAGCCUUUUUGGAAGGUCUUGGACUAUACUGGGGUUUACAAGGCAUCUAAGAAGGGAGCCCCCGAGGACGCAUGGGCUUUGGGCACAAUUGUUGACAGUUUCACUGGUAUGAUGAAGAUGUCAGGGUCAAAAUACCGUACUCCUGGACGAUACAAGGAAGACAACGCCGACAAUGACAUGAGUGAGACGAAAGAGGAGAUUCAUCCUUCAGUCUUCUUACGCUAUGAAACCCUCUCAGCCUAUCGGCCCAAUUCCCUCGCCGGAUUCGAGAGAUUCGAGAAAUCAUCAAAGAAGGGUAGACAUAAGGUCACGCGGGGAUGGAGGAAUGGCAACCUCGUGAUUCCAGAAUAUGUGAUCAAGCCCACUGAUACGAUCUCGCGACGAUUGGCUGAGUGUUUCGCCGGCGGGAAGGAGUUUGUUGCCAAGCUUGAUGCUACAGGGGAUGAGGUUUAUGGCUACAACUGA